UGGGGACCCUCGGGCUCAAGGAGUUAAACCAGAGGAUUGACCACCACCUCCAUGGCUGCGUCACAGACUUCACAAACUGUUGCAUCUCACGUUCCUUUUGCAGACUUGUGUUCAACUUUAGAACGAAUACAGAGAAGUAAAGGACGUGCUGAAAAAACCAGACACUUCAGGGAAUUUUUAGAUUCUUGGAGAAGAUUUCACGAUGCUCUUCAUAAGAACCAAAAAGAUGUCAGGGACUCCUUUUAUCCAGCAAUGAGACUUAUUCUUCCUCAGCUAGAAAGAGAGAGAAUGGCCUAUGGAAUCAAAGAAACUAUGCUUGCUAAACUUUAUAUCGAAUUGCUUAAUUUACCUAAAGAAGGAAAAGACGCCCUUAAACUUUUAAAUUAUAGAACGCCCACCGGGCCUCAUGGAGAUGCUGGAGACUUUGCAACAAUUGCAUAUUUUGUGUUGAAACCAAGAUGCUUGCAGAAAGGAAGUCUAACCGUACAGCAGGUAAAUGACAUUUUAGACUCAAUUGCCAGCAAUAAUUCUGCCAGAAGAAAGGACCUAAUAAAGAAGAGUGUUCUUCAGCUAAUAAGUCAGAGUUCAGCGCUGGAACAAAAGUGGCUUAUACGGAUGAUUGUAAAGGACUUAAAACUUGGUUUCAGUGAGCAGUCUGUAUUUUCUGUUUUCCAUAAUGAUGCUGCCGAAUUGCAUAAUGUCACCACAGAUCUGGAAAAAGUCUGUAGGCAACUGCAUGAUCCUUCCAUAGGACUCAGUGAUAUUUCCAUCACUUUAUUCUCUGCCUUUAAACCAAUGCUGGCUGCUAUAGCAGAUAUUGAGCGCAUCGAGAAGGACAUGAAACACCAGAGUUUCUACAUUGAAACCAAGCUAGACGGUGAGCGUAUGCAGAUGCACAAACAGGGGGAUGCGUAUCAGUACUUCUCCCGAAAUGGUUUUAACUAUACAGAUCAGUUCGGCGAUUCUCCCCGGGAAGGUUCUCUCACACCGUUCAUUCACAGUGCAUUCAAAACAGACAUACAAAUCUGUAUCCUGGAUGGAGAGAUGAUGGCCUUCAACCCUAACACACAGACUUUUAUGCAAAAGGGGAAUAAGUUUGAUAUCAAAAGAAUGGUGGAGGAUUCUGAUCUGCAGACUUGUUAUUGUGUGUUUGAUGUACUGAUGGUUAAUAAUAAAAAGCUAGGGCAUGAAACCCUGAAAAAGAGGUAUGAAAUUCUCACUAGUGUUUUUACACCAGUACCAGGUAGAAUAGAAAUAGUGCAAAAAACACAAGCUCAUACUCAGAAAGAAGUGAUCGAUGCUUUGAAUGAAGCCAUAGAUAAAAGGGAAGAGGGAAUCAUGAUAAAACAGCCUCUGUCUAUUUACAAGCCAGACAAAAGAGGCGAAGGAUGGUUGAAAAUUAAACCAGAGUACGUGGACGGGCUGAUGGAUGAGCUGGACAUCUUAAUUGUCGGGGGCUACUGGGGUAAAGGUUCCCGAGGUGGGAUGAUGUCUCAUUUUUUGUGUGCUAUAGCAGAGAAGCCUCCUCCUGGUGAAAAACCGUCAGUGUUUCAUACACUGUGUCGUGUUGGUUCGGGUUAUACCAUGAAAGAGCUGUACGAUCUGGGUUUGAAAUUGGCCCAACAUUGGAAGCCUUUUCAUAAAAAAGCUCCACCAAGUAGCAUUUUGUGUGGAACAGAGAAGCCUGAGGUGUACAUUGAGCCUUGUCAUUCUGUCAUUGUUCAAGUUAAGGCCACAGAGAUCGUCUCCAGCGAUAUGUACAAAGCUGGCUGCACAUUGCGUUUUCCACGAAUCGAGAAGAUAAGAGAAGACAAAGAGUGGCACGAAUGCACUACCCUGGAUGACUUAGAACAGCUUCGUGGGAAAGCAUCGGGAAAGCUUGCGUCCAAACACCUUUACAUAGGUGGCGAUGAUGAACCACAGGAAAAGAAGAGGAAAGUUGCCCCGAAGGUGAAGAAAGUUAUUGGAAUUAUCGAGCACUUAAAAGCACCCAACCUUUCUAAUGUAAACAAAGUUUCUAAUGUGUUUGAAGAUGUGGAGUUUUGUGUCAUGAGCGGAACAGACAGCCAUCCGAAGCCUGAUCUGGAGAACAGAAUUGCAGAAUUUGGUGGUUAUAUAGUACAAAAUCCAGGCCCAGACACAUACUGUGUGAUUGCAGGGUCCGAGAACAUCAGAGUGAAAAACAUAAUUUCUUCGAAUAAACAUGAUGUUGUCAAGCCCGAGUGGCUGUUGGAGUGUUUUAAGACCAAAAGCUGCGUGCCGUGGCAGCCUCACUUUAUGAUUCAUAUGUGCCCAUCAACAAAGGAACAUUUUGCCCGUGAAUAUGACUGUUAUGGUGACAGUUAUUUUGUUGAUACAGAUUUGAACCAACUGAAGGAAGUGUUCUCAGGAAUUAAAAAUUCCAGCGCACAAACUCCUGGAGAAAUGGCUUCUGUGAUUGCUAAUUUAGAGUAUCGGUAUUCCUGGGACCGUUCCCCUCUCAGUAUGUUUCGACACCACAUUAUUUAUUUGGACUUGUAUGUUGUUAUUAAUGACUUGAGUACCAAAAUCGAGGGAACGAGAUUAGCUGUUACAGCUCUGGAGCUUCGAUUUCAUGGAGCCAAAGUAGUUUCUCGUUUAGCUCAGGGAGUGUCUCAUGUAAUCAUUGGGGAGGAUCAGAGUCGUGUUGCAGAUUUAAAAGCUUUUCGAAGAACUCUGAAGAGAAAGUUUAAAAUCCUGCAACAAGAUUGGGUAACUGAUUCAAUAGACAAGUGUGAGUUGCAGGAGGAAAAUCUAUAUUUGGUUUAAAGCUAGCUUUUC